AGAGACUUGUCUUUUUUCUUUUAAGGCCAAAAGAAGAAGCUAAGCACUAUUAGCAUAGCUCCCUCUUGAGGCCUUUUUUUUUUUCUUUUCCUUUCAAUUCCCCUCAUAGAAAAAAUGACUAAACGUUUGCUACUUUGUUAUAGAAGAAUGGUUCAUUUGAAUAUGAAAAGGAAAAUCAUAUGCAAAUUUACUAUACUACAAAAAUAUUUUAACGCAUUUUGGAACAAAGUUCUUGCUUGUUGGUUAGGUAAGUCUAUUAGUUAUAGACAAUUGUCACAUAACCAAUCUUUUCCGGCCACCAGGGGAAUGCCAUCUCCGCCAGGGGCGGAGACGGCGUCUGAUGGAGGGUAUUCUGGGAGUUUGGUGUCCACAUGUUGUUGUGAUCAUUCUAAGGAUUCAUCUGAGGAUGUUGUUGCUUUGAAGAUUAGCCUUUUGGGUGACAAUCAAAUUGGAAAAACAAGUUUCUUGACAAAGUAUGUAGGAAAAGAGAAAGUUGAUGAAGGAUUGUCAACCAAAGGAUUAAAUCAGAUGGACAAAACUUUGUGUGUGAGAGGGACAAGAAUCUCAUAUAGCAUGUGGGAAGUUAAAGGUGAUGUUUCUGGCCCAACUCAAAUUCCAAUGGCUUGUAAGGAUUCUGUGGCAAUGUUUUUCAUGUUUGAUCUCACAAGUAGAUGCACACUCAGUAGUGUCCUUAGCUGGCAUCAACAAGCACGACAAUGGAAUCAGACAGCAAUUUCUGUAAUGAUAGGGACAAAGUUUGAUGAUUUUGUGAAAUUGCCAUUGGAUUUGCAAUGGACAAUUGCAAGCCAGGCAAGAGCAUAUGCAAAGGUGUUAAAUGCACCACUAUUCUUCUCAAGUGCAACCUACAACAUUAAUGUGAACAAAAUCUUCAAGUUCAUCACUGCUAAGCUCUUCAAUUUACCAUGGUCAUUGGAGAGAAAUCUCACAAUUGGUGAACCCAUAAUUGACUUUUAGGUUUUCUCUUGUUUUCUGUAAUUAAGAAAGAAAAAGAAAAAAAAAGGAAUUUUGCUUUUUUGUUGUUAAUUGUAGAUAGAUUUGAGAGAAUAAAAAAGAUUCAGAGAAAAAGAAAUGAUGAUUCACAUAGCCAACCGGUCACUGGUAAAUUGUUGCAACCAGUGAAAUUUCGAGUUGUCUUCAUAUGACAUUUUAUUCAUUUUGGAGAAAAUAUUUCCAUUUUCUUUUUCUCAA